AUGAAGGACAGGUCCUUCGACCUGCUCCAGGCGCAGCGGCGGUGCGGCGGCGCCGGCCUGCGGGCGCUGGUGCGGGCGUCGCUGGGGCGGGACCUGGACAAGUCGCAGCAGUGCUCCGACUGGUCGCUGCGGCCCCUCAGCGAGGCGCAGCGGCACUACGCCGCCCUCGACGCGCACGCGCUCCUGCAGCUCUUCGCGUCGUGCGCGUGCGAGGGGGCGGUGCUGGAGGCGCCGGCGGAGCUGCUGCCCGAGGCCGAGGGCGUGCGCGAGAGCCUGGGCGCGCUGCGCGAUAUGACCGCCAUGGGCCAGGUGGUCGGCCCCCAGCUUCAGCCGCUGGGGACCGACUUGGCGGGCGUCAGGGGGCAGGCCAAGGCCAUGGACGAGAAAUUCGAAGCCCAAAUCGCCGAGUUCAAGCUAAAACACGCGAGUAUGAAGGCGGAGUUGGACCAGGCAAGGAAGAUAUACUGGACUGGCGCUCGCGGCACACCUACGCCUGGCACUUCGACUCCAUCUUUGGACGAUGGCCGACCAGAUCCUUCCAUCCCGACGCUUGUGACAGUCGCCGAGCUGGAGGCCAAGAUGAUCGCUAUGGAUAAUGCGCUCAAGUACAGCCUCGCUUCCUCGCGUACCCCUUCAUCGCGGACGACAUCUUCGGAUCCGUGGAGCUCUUUCGUCGGGCAGCCCAAGACCAAGAACAACCGUGGCUGGGAAGUUGUUCCUGGUGUCGCCCUUGCAGGACCUCCGAGCCCGCGUGGUGGGGACGGCGGUGUGAACGACAUGUGCAAGAUGUGGGUUAGAGGUUUCCCGCGUAAGCUGCUAUCGAGGGCUCCCCAGUUGCAGUUUGAACUUCUGCGCGCUGCUGUUCCUGGGUUUUUAGUUGGAGCUUGCGCCCAGCGUCAGAGCUACAAGCUAUGCUACAAUGCCAAGUUCGAGCACAAGGAGAUACAUGACUUUGCGAGGCCCGCUCCCGGCGAUGAGAUGGGCGUCGGGCGCGAGGCUUUCACACUCACCAGGCUUGAGGACGCGAAGAGCAUCGGCCCCCCGACCGAGCUCGCCAACGCAUUUCCCGAGCUGAUCCGGGGCAAGUUGCGCUCCAAGCGCGCUGGGCGGGAGCGCGGGACAGUGAAGCGCAAACGCAGCGUAGUGCGGCGCAAGCAGAUCAGCUGCGCGGGGACGUGA